AUGGAGUCAGCUCUCACAGACUUGGUGACCGAUACCAAGUUUCGGGUGGAGUUCAAAUCCGAUUUGGUCUAUCGCUUCACCUUUCAGUCGAGCGAUUCCAGACGCCGAAUCGUGAGACGAGAGGAGAAAAAGGAGGUUUGGAAAGAAGAGAAGCCAGUGGGCAGUGGAUCAUAUGGAAGUAUUUGGGCACACAAGUGCUUGACAAGUGAGGAUCAGGGCGAGCUACAGGCUGUGAAAAAGAUCAGCAGAAAAAGCUUGUCUUCUGACGGCAUCGACUUCUUUAAAGAAUUAGAGGCCAUCGCGAAAUUUUCGCAACGAAAAUACCAUGGGUUGUUUGUUGAAUACUUUGGCUGGUAUGAAAAUGAUGAUUCUGUUUUCAUUGUCAUGGAGUAUCUCCAGCGUGGUGACCUGGGCUCUUGCUUGAAAAUGCCGUUACCUGAAAUUGAGGCCCGUGAAAUUACAUUUCAGAUUGCAGAGGGUCUUCAGGAAUUACAUGAGAAUGGAUUUGUGCAUCGUGAUCUUAAGCCACAGAAUAUAUUUAUAGUGAAACCAGGGCCUAAGUGGUGGGUCAAAAUUGGCGACUUCGGCUUCAGCAAACGUGUCAAAGAAAAUAGCAGCCUUCGGUCGAUGGUGGGAACACGGUUAUUCCUUGCGCCAGAGGUGCAAAUGAUCUACCCCCCUAGAGUAGAUGAGACCAGUGCGGUUUUUCGAUACUCGACAAAGGUUGAUAUUUGGUCUCUCGGCGUGAUGGUAUUCUACAUCCUUUUCCACGAAUUCCCAUUCACGUUGAAAGAUCCACACGGGUUGCCGAAGUAUGUCCGCGGAGGAGAACUUCCAUUCCCUACCUCACCAAUCGCUCAAACGCUCAGUGAGGAGUCUCGAAAAUUCAUGAGAGCCACGAUGGCCCCAGAUGCUUCGUCCAGAUUAUCCGCUCGGGGGGUUCUCGAGAGCGACUGGCUGAAGCAACGACAUAUAAAUCCUGCUCCUAGCGUUGAAGACACUUUUAUAAGACUUAGUGAACUAGGCGAAACUUUAUGUGAGCAGCACAAAUAUAUCGAAGCCGAAGAAACCCUCCGCCGCGCCUUUGAGGGUCGUACAGAGACUCUUGGCACAGCCCAUGAACACACACUCACCACUCUUGAGUGGCUGGGAAAGUCUCUAUAUUUUCUUGAAGAUUACGCCAAAGCAGUAGCAGCCUUCCACGAGGCUGCUGAGAGCCGUAAAAUGGUCCUCGGCAAACACAGUGAAAACACGCUCACCUCGCUUAACUGGCUGGGCCGGGCUCACUAUUGGCACGAAGACUAUCCAAAAGCCGAGGCAGCCCUACGCGAGGCUGUUGAGGGUCGUAAAAUGGUUCUCGGCGAACAACAUGAAAGCACACUCUACUCUCUUGAGUGGCUAGGCCGAGCUCUUUAUUAUCACGAAGACUACGCCAAAGCCGAAGAAGCCUUUCGUCAGGCUGCCGAGGGUCGUAAAAUGGUCCUUGGUAUGGAUAAUGAGGAAACACUCACCUCCUUUGAAUGGCUAGGCCGUGCUCUCUAUUACCACAAAGACUACGCGAAAGCCGAAGCAGUCUUCCGCCUGACCUUCAAGGGUCGUAAAGCGGUUCUCGGUAUAGAACAUGCGCACUCAUGGGGGUCCCUUGAGUGGCUAGGCCGGUCUAUUCAUUAG